AUGCGUCUGUUCGCCGUUCUAGGCCUCAUCACGUUGUGUCUGACUCCACAACCCACUUCUCUGAAAAGUUAGCUCUCCGCGUUUAGAUCCAGCCAAGAGUGUAGCGUUAAUUUCAGCAAAUUCUUCUUCGCUCCGCCAAAUCUGCGACGAUCUCUCGAUCCUUGGACGCAUCGUGAACGCGAUUGCGAUCCACGAGGGACUCGCCACCGAUUCCAUCCGACUCGUGGAUCUUCUCGCCGAACUCUUCGACGUGGAAUCGGGAAACGGACUGCUGAGACUGAAGGAGCUGACGAUCGACUCGAAAUCGCUCACAUCGGACGUCGAUUCGAUUCUCCAAAAAAUUGGCAAGUUGAAUGAGAAUCCAGUGGCCGGCGCGUCUCAAGUCAAACUAGCGAUUGAGCUGCUCACCUCAAUGCAAGAGCAUCUAGGCGAACUCGAGAAGGCAACAAAUGCGAGUCUGACGUCUGCGUUCGUCAACGCCUCAAAAAGCGCCAUUAGGGAAACGAGCCAUUCGAGUUUGCUCAGUACUGCCAAGUUCAAGACACUUUUCUCUCAUUUGAACGACAUCAACACAAUGAAACGUGUCGAUGCGAGCGAUUUAAGCAGUAUCCAGAUUGAUAUGGUGAAAAAAAUUGGAAAAGAUAUCAAAGAAAUGUGGGUAGACGUCGAGAAUCAAAUUCUUGAUCUAAAAGACUACGAGAAAAAGCUGGAAAAAACGUUGGCGAUCGAAGGAAAUUUCAAAGUUUUAGAGCCGGUCGCCAAGCUCGCAUUUUUUUCGCAGCAAUACAAGCGAAACGAAUUGCUUUUCAAUUCGUUAUCAGCUAAGCUGCAAUUGCUGAUGAACGAUGUGAACAAUCUUCUUCCGAUCGCAAGCCUUCACACAAAGUUCUCAGCUGUCGGUUCCGCCCUCAAGGCCUGCCAUCCGUACGUGACCGAGCUGACGUCUCCGAGGACGUCGGCACGUAUUCUGACGAGAGGAUUCGCAAGUGGAAUCAAAGAUUUUGCGCGCUUCCCGCACGACAUCCAAAGUGAGUGGUUCAAGGAGAAGAUCGCCGCUGGAAAGGAGGUAAAACGGUUGGAAGAUGCGCUUCGACACUCAACACACUUCAGCGAGAAGGUUUAUGAAAUGGGGGAGAGCUGGAACAAGUACCGCAAAGUGCAGAAUCCUUCCGAAUUGACGAAUGCAACAGUUCAACUGUUGGAAGGAAUGGCCAAGGACGGAAAGCAUCUGCACGGAAUCGCCAAUCUGCAAGAUUCGAUGAACGUGACGGCGGACAUCUUCGAACGCCUCAGACCGAUUCCCUACGCUCCGUUGUUUGCCGAUUUCCGAUACGUUGUCGAGUAUAGCGGCAAUUUUAGUGAGCAAGUGGGGCUCCUCAAAGCGGCUCUCGAGCAAUACGCCGGAAAGGAGCACACGCAAAUUGUGAGUGCGCUCGAAAAAGUACGUGAGCAUUCUGAGGAAUUUGCAAGGGACGAUAGCGACAAUAUCACCACAGGCAACGUCUUUGACUACAUAAAACGAGUUGCGGAGACGGAAGGUUUUCAAGAGACACUUCAAUUUCUGAACGAUACGUCGACUCUUCUGGAACCUUUCUUUCAAAGCAAAUACUUCGCAAGCUUAUCGAAUCGCCCUAACUGGGAAUCGGUUCAAUCUGUCCAGUCAUCUUUCGGAGAGACCAAUGUCAUGGAAACUCUGAAACGUCUCAAGAAUGCCACGUAUAACGCGCCAGGUGUCGAGAAAGCGAUUAGGUUUGGGAUCGACAUUCGAAAAGCGGAAAAAGGAGUCUUUUUCGAUGCGAAAUCCCUGUUCAACUCAAUGGGCAAGAUGAAAAAGGCGGCGGUGGGCGUGAUCAGUGCAUCAGCAACGUCAGCGAGAAGACGUCGGGCACUCGACGGCAAGAAGACACUGAAGAAGUUGGAGAAGCCGGACGAAAUGACGACGAGCGUUGCAAGAGGAGUGGAUACGCUCCGGAUGAUGUCCGACGUGCUCGACGGCAAGGAUCACGUGCUGGCGGCGGUCGAUGCUUCACGAGAAGUGGAUGCAGUCAUCGGAGCACUUCCGACGAUCAACGCAUCGUGGACAAGGAUCCGACGCCGAACGUGGCCUGGUAUUACAUCGUGAUUGGCGUCGGCGGCGUGCUCGUCUUCCUGACGAUUCUGAUCGUCUUGAUUCGGAAGGCGUGGAAGAUGCGGAAGACAAGCAGAGACCAUACUCGUGAGUUUUUGUCUGUUUGUUCUCUUUUUAGUGCCCUGUUUUUGUCGUCCACCUCGAUUCCGAAUCGACGAUUUGCAGAGCCGGAUGGAAAGAGUCGAGCAAAGAUUCGAAAAAGCCGGGAAAGGAGAAGAAGUCGACGGACGGCCACUCGACACGAAAGAGCAGAUGAAGACGCCGAACUCGAAUAAUUUGACCCGCUCGAUUCCAUUUCAAUUUCAAAAAUCGAUUUGAAAACGUGUUUGCCAUCAUUGAAUAUCGACAAUACUUGACUACCGUACAUACUGUACCAGUUGGGCGCCCAGGCAAAGUGAGUUUCAACCUCGAGAGCUGAGUUGAGCGGAAGAACUUAACGGAAGAAUUUUUAUCUUUUUUAGAAAAUUUUUUCAUGAAAUGUGAUCAACUGACAAAAUGUAGAGCAACGGGAACUGUGCUCAUAGAAAAAUAAUUGUAAAUUUAGCGUUUCAUACAAAAAAGUUGAUCGAGUUGUUGCGUGAAAAAAGGAGGCUAACGGAACAACUCGAAUAACUUUUUUGUAUGAGCAGCUAAAUUUACAAUUAUUUUUCUAUGAGCACAGUUCACUUUGCUCUACAUUUCGUCAGUUGAUCACAUUCCAUGAAAAAAUUUUCUAAAAAAAAUAAAAAUUCUUCCGCGCUCAACUCUGCUAUUUACGGUGUCUGCUGAAGCACACAAUUCGAAUUUAGUUGCGCGCAGUGAACGCAUUCUCAACUAUUAUCCAUUUUGCGUUCCGAAUGCCCUCCUAUUUCACGUCUUGCUAAUGCUAAACAUCACUUGUUUACCCCUCUCUCUCUCUCGGUCCCGAUUUCUCUCUCUCUCUCUCUCUUCUUCUCUCCACCCUCCUCGAUUUCACCCGCUUUUUGCCGCCGUCUUUGACAUGUUUGUGGGGGGGCAGUGUAGUCUAGUUUUUCGAGCAAAAUGCAUUUAAAAAACCGUGUGUGGGGACACUGAAAACGUGUCGGAAAUGUCGCUAAUAAUAGUGAUUUCACUCAAAACGAGUGAUAAAGUGAGUGGCUACGCAAUUCCUUGAAAAUUUUUGAUAAAUUCCUCUAAAAACAAUAUUUUUUCUUUUUUUUUCAGAAGCUACUUCGAUUCUUCGACAAAACAAUGGAUACUCGACACGAUGCGCACAAUUUUGGGGAUUUUGUAAACGAGCGAGCGAAAAGUGAACCGAUAAUAUCGGCGGCUCUUUUCAGAAACUCAAGUUAUUCGGUUUUUUAUCGAGCGCUCUGACGGGAUUCUCGGUUUGGAUGAUGAAGCGGCGAAACGACAAACAGGAAGAGGUGAUAAGCGCUUUAUUUGGCUCAUUUUUGAGCACAUUUUGUUGUUGGAAACUUCUUUGGAAACAUCCUGGAAAAGUGUGUCCGUUUUGAACGACUAUUGUAGACUUCAAAGAGGUUCUUUGGUUCUGAAAAUUGUUGAGCAUAAUCUUGACACUUGGUACUGUAUUUUUGUAGUUGAUAACUUUGUUGUACGAGCAGCACCGGGGGUACUGUAGCUUCGCGAAGUUGGGAUUGAUGGCUCUGCGCUAGGCCCAACUUCCAAGAGCUACAGUAGCCCGGAGAGGCGUUGUAGAGAAAAAGUGUCAACCGCAAAAAUAAAGCGCAAACCUUGUACUAACUUUUUGUAAUUGACAACUUUUUGCUACAACCAUUCCCUGGGCUACUGUACCUCAGCUGACCACCCAACAUGCACAUUUCAGAAUCGUCGCCCAUUGCAAGCACCACCACUUUUCUUUCAAUUCGUUUGUACGCCUGUUGCUGAUCAAAUGUGCACACCGACCGAUAAGGACUAUUGGAAGAGCAUCGAGGCGAGUUUUUGCCACUUUAUCACAUUUUGUAUCGAAACGUUUCAGGAGGCGUCAACAAUUGCGACGCCAACGCUUUCGAGCACUCUCAAUUUGCUCAUUCUUCUGUUCAUAAUCCCGUUUACGGGCAAAGUUUGCGAAUUUCUAAGAAAAUUGUGGAAUUCGGCACCUAAAAUCAUAUUCUGGCCUUUGCGACUAUUCAAAUUCUGUCUGAAACUGUUCUUCUGGAGAAUUCCAUUAAAAUUCACGGCCGAAGUCUACGCAAUGUUCCGGACUCUUUUGAAAUACGUUCUUUGCCCAUUUUAUUGGUGCUUACGGAUAUGUUUCAAAGACUCUGGAUCUAGAGGGUAUCAACCGUGAGUUAAUGAAUAAUUCGGAGUGAUUCUUGUCAUUUCAGACUCCCAGGAAACGAUAAUAGUGGAAAUGACGGUGAGUUGUCGAGUCGAGAGAAUCUUUGAACGAGUAUUGUAGCCUUCACACUAGUCUUUUGGUUCUGAAAAUCGUUUUGCGAGUUCUUGACAUUUAGUACUGUAUCUUUGUAGUUGAUCACUUUUUUGUAGGAGCAAAACCAGGGGUACUGUAGCUCUAGAAAGUUGGGACUGAUUUCCUUCGGCUCUGGGUUAGGCCAAACUUCCAAGAGCUACAGUAAUCCAGGAAGGGGUUUAAGACAAAAAGUAUCAACUACAAAAAUAUCAAACAAGGCUUGAACUUCAUUUUUGCACUUGACACUUUUUCUCUACAACCUCUCUCUGGUGUACUGUAGCUCUUGGAAGUUUGGCCUAACCCAGAGCCGAAGGAAAUCAGUCCCAACUUCGCGAAGCUACAGUACCCCCGGUUUUGCUCGUACAAAAAAGUGACCAACUACAAAAAUACAGUACCAGAUGCCAGGAUUUCAAAAUCAGCGGCAUUCUCUAAAGCCUUCAUGUUUAGACGGGGUAAGCGACGAAAUCAUGCGUUCGUUCCACAGACAAAUGAAUGAAUACGGCAAUUCGCUCGUACACUCCACAACGGAGCGGAUUCGAGAGGAUCAAGAGGCGAACCGAGCGCGUGAGGCGAAAAUGAAGGCGGAUUUGGCGGAAUACGAGAAAUCUCUCACAAAACCGACCGAACAAGCGUUGCGACGAGAAGACGAGGCGAUGGAAAGACGGAGAAGAGUGCAAGCAGAGUUGAGAGCCGCGUACGUCUAACCAAAAAUUGGAAGAAGAAGUGAAAGAAGACACGUUGCAGGAUGAAAAGAAUGACAGAAAUGAGGGAAAACCGGUUCGAGAGCUUCAGCGACGAUGGAAAUAAGGCGAGAAGACGGGAAAUGGAGGAGGAGGAGUUCCGGAAACGGCUCGCGGAGCAGGAGAGACAGUGUCAGGAGCGCGUCGACGAGUUGAGGAGGCAGACCGACGAAAUUGAGGUUCGCAAACGUUCUUGGCGCCACCGCGCGGCUUUUGUGCAUUUUUGCGCGUCGGUGUGGCUCUACGUACAGUGCAUUUUAUGUUACGCGCAAAUUUCUUUUUUUUUUAGUUUUUGAUGAAUUUUCUCCAAAUAUUCAUCUUUUUAAAGCGUUUUUCUCCACUUUCUACCUCAAUUAGACCUUUUUACAGAUUCCAGAUGAAGUAAUACGCGAAAAGAAGUCGAUUCGAUGAAAAGAAACGCGUAAGUAAGUAAAAGUAAGGUUUUGUUCAGAAAAUGCACGAUUUCUCGAAAAACGUGACUAGAUUUUCUAAUCUUUUCCUUAAAAAACUUUCCUUACAUUACUCAGCAUGUUUUCGAACCAAAAAGAAGUAGAGUGACAGCUCGAUUUCGCGAAAAAACCGAUAGUUUGCCGGAAGACAGUGAAAUUUUUUUGAAAAAAUUUUUUUUUUGCUUCUGCGAACUGUCACUCUUCUUUUUUUUGAUUCGAAAACAUUCACAGUCAUGUAAGUGAACUAUUUCAACAAAAAAAUUCGAAAAUCUAGAGACGGUUUUUGAAAAAAAAAAUUUUUUCAACGAAAUGUCACUGUUUUCCCGCAAAAGACAAAUUUUUACGCGAAAGCGAGCUGUCACUUUACUUUUUUUUAUUUGAAGACAUUCACAGUCAUGUUAGUGAACUUUUUAAAUCAAAAGAUUAGUAAAUCUAAAGACUUUUUUCGAGAAAUCGUAUAUUUUCUGAAUAAAACCUUACUUUCACUUACUUACGCGUUUCUUUUCAUCGCAUCGACUUUUCUUCGCGUAUUACUUCAUCUGGAAUCUGUAAAAAGGUCUAAUUGAGGUAGAAAGUGGAGAAAAACCGCUUUAAAAAGAUGAAUAUUUAGAGAAAAUUCAUCAAAAACUAAAAAAAAAAAGAACUUUGCGCGUAACAUAAAAUGCACUGUACGCAGAGCCACACCGACGCGCAAAAAUGCACACCAUUUGGCUGCGUAUGUUGCGACGGCGCGCAACACGUUUCAGCCCACUUUUUUCCAGAGAAAAACGGCAGAAGACGUGGAGAACGCGCUUCGUGACUUUGAGCACAGAUCCUCCGUCUAUUGGCAAUGCGUACGCAUGCAAUUGCGUUUCGAGGCCGAAGAACAGAAAUGGUCCGACUUUUUGAGCGAAUUGCGAAAGGCGCUCGUCAAAAUCUCGACGUCCUACUCUAAACUACACGGCGAAGUACGUUUUUUGAGCGAUUUGCUCUAGGUCCGAAAAAAAAGUCUAUACACCGCUUCUUCUGGCUUUCAGAUUUGCGAAUACCUCAAAGAGCCGGACGAUCGCCUGAACAAGGACUUUUUUGAGGUUUUCCAGCUGGAACAUGUAAAAAUGAGCACUUGUUUUGCAGAGAGAGGCAAAAAUGUUUGGUAGCAAGGUGCAGACUGCUCAAAUGAUGCUCAUCUACUCAUUUGCAAACUUGAAAGAAGUUUCGGAAAAGUUUGAGGAUAGGAUUUUUGUGAAAAUCAUUAUGGUACGAUAUUGUAGAAUUCCCAGACGUCCAAUGAGUCUGAAAAUGUUUCUGUGAACUCUUGACAUCUAGUACGUCAUUUUUGUAGUUGAUCGCUUCGCUCUAAAACCACUUUUUGGGCUACUGUAGCUACUGGAAGACGACAAUAGUCAGACGCAAGUUCAAAGCGCUACAGUACCCCAUGGAAGUGGUUGUACAAAAAAGUGGUCAACUACAAAAAUGUUUGCCAUUUCUUGUACUUCAUUUUUGUAGUUGACCAUUUUUUUGUACACCCACUCCCUGAGGUACUGUAGCUCUUGGAAGUUAUAAUCACUUUUUUUGCAGAAAUCAGUAAGCCAAGCCGGGAUUACAUGUGAACAAAUCGGACAGAAACUUGUGGAAAUCAUGGUGAGACAUUCAUUAUAUGAAUAUUUACGAGAAAAAUUGAAAUUUUGUUCAGAAAGACCCCACCCGCGAACCGGAAUUGAGGAAAAUAGUGUCCAACUUGUCGCCUCGCUCAAUUCCAAGUACGGACAACCUAAAGAGAACGUCCGUGACUGCGAAACUGGAAGAUUUUGAAGAAUUCGAUAAUAUUCCACUUUCUGAUUGGUAUGACCACUUUUUCCAAUAA